CCCUAACCGUGCGCCGUCCAAGGGUCCUUUGGUUGCCAUAGAGACCGGCGAGCGCUGGGCCUGUGAGCGCUGAGGGGCGAGCAGCUGCGAUCCUGGGCUCCUGGGGACCUGAGCGUUAUGUCUUUCCGCGACCUCCGCAGUUCAAGUGAUUCUCCUGCCCCAGUCUCUUCAAUAUCUGGAAUUAUAAAUGCCCACCACCACGCCCACCUAACUUUUAUUUCACAGAGAUGAUGAGAGCCCUGGGAUACCCUCGACAUAUUUCUAUGGAAAAUUUCCGUACACCCAAUUUUGGACUUGUAUCUGAAGUGCUUCUCUGGCUUGUGAAAAGGUAUGAGCCCCAGACUGACAUCCCGCCUGAUGUGGACACUGAACAGGACCGAGUUUUCUUCAUUAAGGCAAUUGCCCAGUUCAUGGCCACCAAGGCACAUAUAAAACUCAACACUAAGAAGCUUUAUCAAGCAGAUGGGUAUGCAGUAAAAGAGCUGUUGAAGAUCACAUCUGUCCUUUAUAAUGCUAUGAAGACCAAGGGGAUGGAGGGCUCUGAAAUAGUAGAGGAAGAUGUCAACAAAUUCAAGUUUGAUCUUGGCUCAAAGAUUGCAGAUUUGAAGGCAGCCAGGCAGCUUGCGUCUGAAAUCACCUCCAAAGGAGCAUCUCUGUAUGACUUGCUCGGCAUGGAAGUAGAGUUGAGGGAAAUGAGAACAGAAGCCAUUGCCAGACCUCUGGAAAUAAAUGAGACUGAAAAAGUGAUGAGAAUUGCAAUAAAAGAGAUUUUGACACAGGUUCAGAAGACUAAAGACUUGCUCAAUAAUGUGGCCUCUGAUGAAGCUAAUUUAGAAGCCAAAAUUGAAAAGAGAAAAUUAGAACUGGAAAGAAAUCGGAAGCGACUAGAGACUCUGCAGAGUGUCAGGCCAUGUUUUAUGGAUGAGUAUGAGAAGACUGAGGAAGAAUUACAAAAGCAGUAUGACAUUUAUCUGGAGAAAUUUCAAAAUCUGACUUACCUGGAGCAGCAGCUUGAAGAGCAUCAUAGGAUGGAGCAAGAAAGGUUUGAGGAAGCUAAAAACACUCUCUGCCUGAUACAGAACAAGCUCAAGGAGGAAGAGAAGCGCCUGCUCAAGAGUGGAAGUAAUGAUGACUCGGAUGUAGACAUCCAGGAGGAUGACGAAUCCGACAGUGAGUUGGAAGAAAGGCGGCUGCCCAAGCCACGGACAGCCAUGGAGGUGCUCAUGCAAGGAAGACCCGGCAAACGCAUUGUGGGCACGAUGCAAGGUGGAGACUCCGAUGACAAUAUGGAAGCAGCACCAGCUCUCUUAGGUAAAUGCAAGACUUCCAACUCCAAGAAGCAGGAGGACUCGGAGGAGAGUGAAAUCGACAUGGAAGAUGAUGAUGAGGAUGAUGAUUUGGAAGAUGAGAGCAUUUCUCUCUCACCAACCAAGCCCAAUCGAAGGGUCCGGAAACCUGAACCCUUGGAUGAGAGUGACAAUGACUUCUGACCCUCUUGCCAAGGGACCUUGGCAGAUUAAAACCCUCAGACUUGUAGGUAAAUGAGAACUUAGAAGGUUAGGAAGGUAACACCUGUUUUGUUCACUAAGCUGGCUGGACUCAUGGUUACUGAAGCAAUACUUAUUUCUGCUUCAGCCUCCUAUGUUUGCAUUCCAUGAAGCUUAAAUAAGAAUUGAAACAAAUCCCUAAGAUUUUUUUUUCACCUUAUUUAUCUCCUAAAACUUGAGGAAUGCAUGUGUUCUUAGUGAUUCACAUCCACGGGACAAAAUCUCAAGGAGAAAUAAGAGCUGACGCCACACAAGUCUUGGCUGCUUUUGUUACUAUACAUUUUCUCCGAGAGUCCAGCAGAGUUGAGGCUAGAACUUGGCACUGAGGACUCAUGUUCAGAAUCGUAGGGGGACAUCUAGCUGUUAAUCACUUGCACAGUUGAGAACAUUUCCUGUACUUCGGCUUUUAAUUCUAGCCCUUAUUUCAUUUUGUCAUCUUUCUUUCUUCUGCAUGUUCACAAUACCAGACAUUAAAUGUAUUUUAAUAACUACAAUUUUCUGAAAAGAAGCUUAGCUAAAGUUAAAUGAAAACUGGGUUUCCUUGAAAAUCAGGUGAUAGAGACAGGCUCCAGAUGAGGAAUCCUCCAUUUUCUCUCCAAAGCUGACAUUCUUCUGGGAGUCAAGUUCACCUUGGAUUACAGCCACCUUCAUGUUUCCACGGCUGGUACUAAAUUUGGAAACUCUGGUGACCUGAGCUGCCUUCUUGGAGACUCCAGACUCCCGUGGCAAUGACAGCCGGGACACUCUCCUUGCCUCCAGCCAGGGUUUCUCUAAAGGAGCUUUGUUUUGUCUAAAGUGUGGAAAGAUAUAGUGCACAACACAGGGACAAAGGCAGGUUUCCUGCAGCUCGCUACCUAAGUGUUUCUGUAGGGGAAGGAG